AUGGACCAAAAGACAAUAUCAAGAUCCUCCUCCUCAUCCUCCACAAAUUCCAUUCAGCACGAUGAAUGGCCGGACGAUUCGACCGAGCUGGGAAAGAUGAUAUUCUCAGCUAUAAAUGAUGGAGAUCGCGAUAAACUGGCCCAUAUAUUGAAUGAUCAUCCGUCAUCUACUCUACUCCUUCAGCUGCUACUGACUACCGCCUAUCCGAAUCACGAUGCAUUCUACGCUCACGAUCCAGACGUUAUUCAAGAUGCAAACGAACUGCUCGGCGCUCCAGUAUCGAAUCUCAAUGCUAUACAGAUCGCAUGCAUAUUAGGCGACGAGGAUAUUGCAACCGAUAUAUUGGAGUUUGUAGCUCGCAUCACUGAAGAGAUUGAGGCUAAAAAGAUUCUGCUUGAAUUUGUGGGGAGAGUGUGGGGCGCUGGCAAUACCGUCUUGCAUUUGGCCUCGUUUCUUGGAAUGGCGGAUUUGGUGAAACGGUUGCUCGAGUUGGGUGCAAACCCAAACAAGAAGAAUGAUAGAAAUUAUAGACCUGUGGAUUGUGCCGAUGAUGAUGUUACCCGGAAACCAUUUACAGAGAUUGCAGAAUUGGUGGUGAGUGUGACGCCUAAAAUUCACGAGGGCCGGUCAUCAGUGACCUCAAUAAGUGAACGCCCAUUUAAAAAUUCCCGGACGUCGGCAGACGCUACAAAUGUUGAACCAACUCGAUUACACGCCAAGUCUCAAUCCGAAGAUCCACGGCGGCGAUUGUCAGAAACUAGAGAAAGCACUGCCAAACUGAAGAGAUCUUCAUCAGCAGAAGCAACACCGUCACUACCAACAACUUCCUCAUCAACAACUGCAACAUCACCAAACCCUAUAAUAAUAGACACAGCAGCACUACUCGCAUCAAGACAGAAACUGAAACGUAACGUUGUAUUCGACCCUUCAACCAUGAUUCUAGAUAUAUGCCAUCAUGGUGACCCUGUAGACAAUGUCGCUCUACCGACAUUACGAGCCGCCGUUGGAUUAAACACACCCAACAAAUCUAUAGUAGACAUCAGCACGAUAUUUACCCCGUAUAAUUGGCUCAGCCCGCUGCAUCAAGCAUGCACACAUGGGCAUGUGGAGAUUGUGAAUUUGUUACUGACAGAGCUGAAUUCAUGUGUGAAUAUCACCGACAAGGAAGGAUGGACACCGCUGCAUUGUGCUUGUGCUGAGGGACAUGUCGAGAUAUUACAGCUGUUGGCUAGGUGUCAGGGCAGAAUGGGACAAGAGAAACAGGCUGGCAAGAAUUGGUUUUAUCCACCUGAUGGUCCCAUUUGUUUAAUACCGGUGAAUGAAGAUGGCGAGACACCUGAUGAUGUUGCUUUUGAGGCGAAAUCAAAAGAGAUUCGGGCUAUUUUGACCGAUCUCAAAGCACAGUAUCCACCAAAAGCCUCAAGCCAAUCACCUUUAUCAGAAGGGCAGGAAGAAGACCAGGAAGAGGAAGACGACGACGAGGAAGAAGAGGUGUUCCCAGCACCCAAGCUCGCAUUGGCACCUCCACCAGCACGAUCAGCACUGAAAGGAGGCUCUCAAGCUGCAGCAACAAUUAUUAUUCUGAGUCCAUCGAUAGAUACAGACAAGACACCAAGACCUAGUGUAUUGUCCGCAGCUGUGAACGAUAUCACACCUCGAGUCAGUCUCGUGGCGUCAGCCGCAUCAUCUUCGUCUAGUUUUGAAUCAGAUACGUCAAUGAAUGCCACACCAUUUGAAUCUGCCAGGUCUAGCCAAGUAACAUCACCUGUAAAAUCGAACGAGCUGCAGGUGCAACUAGCAAGUAAUACCCCAUCGUCUAAAAUCUCGUCUCUUCUUCCAAGCUCUGUCUCGAAACCAUCUGCUGCUACUAUAAAUGGUACUAUCUCUUCUUCUUCCUCUUCGCCGUCAAGCAAUAUAAGUAUUAGUACGACGGCGAAAGUGACUGCAAACCCUACUACGCCAACUACACCAACGCCUACGAGUACCACAGCAACGGGACUGCCACCACUACAUCCGUCAUCGCCAGCAGGAUCGCUGUUAGCAACCCCACCACGAACAUCCGUAACAAGUAAAAUACCCAAGAUGUCAACCAGCAGUCCACCAUCCAUACGUGCCCAUCCACCCGUGACAGAAGCUGUAUCACCAACAGGUGGUUCAAUCAGACGCGUUGGAAGAAGAAUGUCGAAUCAAGAUUUAUCAAUCAAGGUGGAUUUAAGCAACACAAUGUCAUCAUCUAUGGGCCAACUAUCGAGAACAGCAUCUGAGCAGCAGUUAAGUGCUGGUGGGAGACGACGAAGUAAAGAUAUCACGUCACCUACAUCGUCUAAACCGCCUUCGGAUGGUAAUCUGCGGCGCCGGGGUAAAGAUGUAAAUGCUAGUAGUACUACGUCGCCUGUACAAGAUGCUAUUGGGCGACUCAAGGCCACAUUAGAUGAUGCCACAAAGCCUGGUGACUCGGAAGGAAGUAGAUCUACUGGAGCUAAAGGCACGAUACAAGAAGAUAAGAAGGAGAUGGGUCCUAUACAAAGGAUGGGAUCUGUGCAGGCUUCUUCAAGGGCUCAAUUCAAGAGUGUGCGGUCGGCAGGUGCCACUAGAUAG